UUUACGUCGGCACGACCACACUCGCGAUGGCAGGUCGUCGCUUGCUCCAGUCAGCGUUCCAUGCAGCCCUGCCACUUGCCGCACCUGGUGAGGUGUCGCGAUUCCUGACGGGCGCAAGCCUGGUCGUCGGAUGUGGCCUUGCGUGCGCCGUGGAGUUGUCAAAGUCGUCGUCGUCAUGCAGAGGGUGGGCGCGUGAUCCAUUGCCACAGCAAAGCAUCGUGGCGCUGUCUGCGCUGAUCAACGAGGCCGUGGACAUUCCUGGCAUGAACGAAGACGAGGAGAUGGAAAUUAUCCAGAGCGCUGUAGAACGCAUCGUGACCGAAAUGGAGAACUUCAUGCCGCAGUCGUACUGGGAUCGCAUCAUGCGCGCAGACAAGACGGUGCCGGACGCGCAGCGUGAACUCAUGCAGUCUCGGCUGAUUCAGCAUUUCCAACAGUCAUUGCACUUACCGUACUUGACCGAGUCCGACCAGCGGCUUAUUGUGCACGCAACGGUUGCGAUCGUGUCGGACGCCAUGGGCGACUCGAAGCUCGACGACAUCCUCGCGCAGGACGCGACGUCCGUUUCCUUGGCUGCCAUCUUCGUCCGGGAAGCCAUGGGAAUCGACAACGUUGACGCACUUCGACGAGAAGUGUCUGAAAUCAUUGACCUGCCGGUCCCGCUGCCCGAACCCGUCGUCAAGUGGGUAAUCGGGAAGGGCGUGUCGGCACUGGUCGGGAUCCUCAACGAAGCAGUGGAUGUGUCGCUCGCAGAGUGCUUUGGGAAAUCAGCGUCGCGCCAAGUGACGUCGACGGCGGAUUUUCAAGAGGUCUUGCGGGUGAAUGUCGUGGCGCUGCUCCAUCGCAGCAUGACCGUCUUUCUCCUGCCCGCCUUCGUCGAGGAAUUUUUCAUCUCGAAGGUUGUUGAGACGUAUUUCAAAUUCUGCGUGACCACCAGCCGCAUCGACACCGCCGUCGCGAUGCUGCUCAAGGCGAAAUGAACGAAGUAUCAAUUUUAUAACGUCGUGGCGGUGAAUAGCAGUGUCAUUCUCCGAAAAACCAGUGUCACUUUAUGCAAAAAGGUGUUCUUUUUUCGAAGAAAAUGGAGUGUCA